GUGACGAUCACGCGCUGAUUUUUCUCAACCAACCAUAAAGAUAUUGGCACCCUCUACCUUGUAUUUGGUGCCUGAGCCGGAAUAGUCGGCACGGCCCUUAGCCUGCUUAUCCGGGCAGAGCUAGCCCAGCCCGGUGCCCUUCUAGGCGAUGACCAAAUUUAUAAUGUUAUUGUCACUGCCCACGCCUUUGUAAUAAUUUUCUUUAUAGUAAUGCCAAUUAUGAUUGGAGGGUUUGGAAAUUGGCUUGUUCCCCUAAUGAUUGGGGCACCAGACAUGGCCUUCCCUCGAAUAAACAAUAUAAGCUUCUGGCUCCUGCCCCCUUCCUUCUUACUCCUGCUUGCCUCCUCUGGGGUUGAAGCGGGAGCGGGGACAGGAUGAACUGUUUACCCGCCUCUUGCGGGCAACCUCGCACAUGCAGGGGCCUCCGUAGACUUAACCAUCUUUUCCCUACACCUUGCAGGAGUUUCGUCUAUUCUAGGGGCCAUUAAUUUUAUUACAACAAUUAUUAACAUAAAACCCCCCGCAAUUUCACAAUAUCAGACUCCCCUAUUUGUCUGAGCUGUCCUAAUUACAGCCGUCCUACUACUACUAUCCCUCCCAGUCCUAGCUGCUGGCAUCACAAUACUUCUAACAGACCGAAACUUAAACACCACCUUCUUUGACCCCGCAGGGGGAGGGGACCCCAUUCUUUACCAACACCUUUUCUGAUUCUUUGGACAUCCAGAAGUAUAUAUUUUAAUUUUACCAGGCUUCGGCAUGAUUUCUCACAUUGUUGCGUAUUACGCAGGCAAAAAAGAACCAUUCGGCUACAUAGGAAUAGUCUGAGCUAUAAUGGCCAUUGGUCUUCUAGGCUUUAUUGUAUGAGCACAUCACAUGUUUACUGUAGGAAUGGACGUAGACACUCGAGCAUAUUUUACAUCUGCAACAAUAAUUAUUGCAAUCCCAACCGGAGUAAAAGUGUUUAGCUGACUUGCCACCCUACAUGGUGGCUCAAUUAAAUGAGAAACCCCCCUACUCUGAGCCCUAGGCUUCAUUUUCCUAUUUACCGUUGGAGGCCUGACUGGAAUCGUCCUAGCCAACUCGUCCCUAGACAUCGUCCUACACGACACCUAUUAUGUAGUAGCCCACUUCCAUUAUGUACUAUCUAUGGGUGCUGUCUUUGCUAUUAUGGGGGCCUUCGUCCACUGAUUCCCCCUCUUUACGGGAUAUACAAUACACGACACCUGAACAAAAAUCCACUUCGGAACAAUAUUUGUAGGAGUAAACCUCACCUUCUUUCCACAACACUUCUUAGGCCUUGCUGGCAUGCCACGACGAUACUCAGACUACCCCGAUGCCUAUUCACUAUGAAACAUCAUCUCUUCAAUCGGCUCCCUCGUGUCCCUAGUAGCAGUUGUAAUAUUCCUAUAUAUUUUAUGAGAAGCCUUUACUGCCAAGCGAGAAGUACUCUCCGUAGAACUCACCUCCACAAACGUAGAAUGACUGCACGGAUGUCCCCCACCCUAUCACACAUUUGAGGAGCCAGCCUUUGUGCAAGUACAAACAAACUAA